CUGGCCUCACAAAACCCCGUCUCUCUCUAUAUCUCUCUGUCUCCAACUUCUGUUGAUCAACAACCACCUUCAUCCGCCGCCUGCUCCGGCCGCCACUUUCAUCAGGCUAAUUUAAUGAUCCGGGGGCAGGAGUAAGGCAUAUACCUGUUACAAAAACUGAGGUAUAUGUGACAUUGACUCUGACAUUUUGACAUAGCUCAGUGAUGGAUUUCAAAUUUAAAGGUAUAGGCUGGGUGGGGGGCAUUUACCAGAAGUUUGAAACACUGUGCAAUGAGGUGGAUAAUAUUGUCAGCCAGGACACUGUCAAAUAUGUUGAAAACCAGGCACAAAGUGUGGGUAAAAACAUGAAGAGAUUUUAUUCUGAUGUCAUACAUGAUAUAUUGCCUCCUUUAAAACAUGAGGGUCAAGGAGUGGCUUUAAAAAAAAGUGCCACAAUUGAUGUCUAUGUUAAAUCAAAGGCUGCUAUUGAGGAAGAUCACAUAGACACUAUUGGUAAGCUAGCACAUGUUGAGCCUGUUGCAGUUGAUCCUAUUGAAAAACAGCUUGAUCAUGCUUCGAAUGACCUUUGCCUUUCAGACCAACUUAGUACUCCAAUUUCUGUUGAUGCCCAUGAGGGGGCAGAGUCUCACAUAAUAUCAGGACAAGUUAGUGAUGAUUUGAAAAAUACAGUGAAUAUUGAAGAAAAUUUCAUAAUGGAGAAAAAAUCGGCAUCUGAGGUACUAGAAUUGAUUUCUCCUAGCAAGGAAGAACCCCUUGGAGCUUCAUUGGGGAAUGAGGUCAUCGAUUGUAGUGAUAAAAAUUCAUGUGGGGUUGUGGGUGAAGUUUCUCUUACCUUGUCAGUUCAUGAUUUGGAGUUUCAAUCCUCUCAAAGGGAGGGAACUGUUAACAAUAAUGUUGCAGUUGAUGUGGUCAACAAACAGCUUGAUUGUGCUUUCAGUGAGCUAUGUCUUGUAGACCAACUAGGUAACCCUAAUUCUGCAGAGUCCCUUUUGAGGACAGAAUACGUUACUUCAGAACGAGUUGCUGAAGUUCUGAAAGAUACAAACCCUGAAGUGAACAGAGAAGAAAAUGACACUCUGGAAAAGCCUUCAGUAUCUGAGGUGUCAGAGUUGAUCUCUCCUGCUGAGAAAGAAUCCUGUGGAGCUUCAUUAUUGAGCAAGUUAACUGAUUGUAAUGAUAAAGAACCUUGUUGGGUUGAAGCUGAGGUUUCUCCUUCAACUUCAGUUCAUGAUGUGACAAAGCCUUCUGCAUCUGAUGUUUUGGAGUUGAUCUCUCCUGUUGAGGAAGAAUCUUUUGGAGCUUCAAUGGGGCAUGAGUUUGUUAAUUGUAAUGGUAAAAAUUCAUGUGUGGUUCUCGCUGAGGUUUCUCCUGCAACUUUAGUUUGUGGUGGCCAAGAUGCAAGAAUAGUUAAGAAUGACUUUGCAGAUGACUCUGAGUUUGUCUCAGAUGCUUCAGGUGGUAUUACUUCUUCCAAAGUCACAUGGUCUGAGAAAAAUAUGGCAGAGGUUGGAGUUGAUUCUUCUUGUGGUUCAGUAUUGAAGGAAUUGCAUGAGAAUUCGCCUGUAAACUUUCUUGCGGAAGCAUUAGUUAAUCAUGAUCCUGUUGAUGUGGCUGGGUUGGUUUCUCACAAUGUGCCUUCAUCUUCCAUGUUGACCCCACUUCUAUCCAAUGAGAAAAAGUUGAUGGGGGCAGUAUCAAUUUCGUCUAGUAAUGACCUGUCCAUGGAAUCACUUGAAAAUGAUGGGUCCAGAACUGUUAAUGGUAUAAAGUAUCUGACUGGAAUAUCAGGAAACAAAAAUGUUUAUUUUGGUGGUGAAUCUACUCAACUUCAGGCAUUAGAUUCUUCUGAUAUUGGACCUAUAAAUGAUUCCACUGAUGAUGUCAUAAUUUCUUCCAUGGAGACCAUUGAAUUGUCCGACGAGGUGAAGCUUGAGGAUAGCUGUGUCAUUAUUGAUAGUACUGCUCUUUAUGCUGUCUCUCGUAUAAUGAGAAAACACAGAUCAUACAAGAAAAGGAUUCAGGACGCAUUAACCUCAAAAACAAGGCUGGCAAAGGAGUAUGAGCAACUAGCAAUUUGGUUUGGAGAUGCGGACAUGGGAUCAAACCAAGAUUUUUUACAAACUCAACGACCAUCUUCCUCCACCACACCCUCGGAGUGCAAAAGUCUGCAAACAGAACUUGUAUGUGAUUCCGAGUGGGAACUCCUCUAAGUAAAUAAAGAAAUUAGGUUGGCUGGCUUCAACCGGAUUCAUUCUCGAGCCUUUUGCUUGUGCCAUAGGAAUGAAUUAUACUGUGAAUAAUCAUGUUCAAAGUUCCACAUUCUGUAAAGGUAUUUACAAAUAAAAGGGCGGUUAACCCUUCUGUCUUGUAAAUGAAAUAGUUUGUCAUAAGUGCAGCAACAUUUCACUUUUAACAGUACAUAUUAUUUAUAUAUCUCUCUCUCUUAUA